AUCCCGGCGUGCCCGGCGGCGGGCGCUGGGCCGGAGCCGGAGCCGGAGCGGCGCGGCCUGGAAGAGGCCGGAGCCCAGGGAGGAGGCGGCGGCGGCAGCAACCCGGGCAGCCCGAGCCCCGCGACAUGAGCGGCGGCGGGCCUUCCGCAGGCGGCCCGGGGGGCUCGGGCCGGGCGCGGACCAGCUCGUUCGCUGAGCCAGGCGGCGGAGGCGGCGGCGGCGGCGGCGGCCCCGGGGGUUCGGCCUCCGGCCCUGGCGGCACCGGCGGCGGCAAGGCGUCGGUCGGGGCCAUGGGCGGGGGCGUGGGGGCCUCGAGCUCCGGCGGUGGCCCCAGCGGCAGCGGCGGAGGCGGCAGCGGCGGUCCCGGAGCGGGCACCAGCUUCCCGCCGCCCGGAGUAAAGCUGGGCCGUGAUAGCGGGAAAGUGACCACAGUGGUAGCCACCUUGGGCCAGGGCCCAGAGCGCUCCCAGGAGGUGGCAUACACAGACAUCAAAGUGAUUGGUAAUGGCUCUUUCGGGGUCGUGUACCAGGCCCGUUUGGCAGAGACCAGGGAGCUGGUGGCCAUCAAGAAGGUUCUCCAAGACAAGAGAUUCAAGGUACCCUGGAAUCGGGAGCUGCAGAUCAUGAGGAAGCUGGACCACUGCAACAUUGUUCGCCUGAGAUACUUCUUCUACUCCAGCGGAGAGAAGAAAGAUGAGCUUUACCUGAACCUGGUGCUGGAGUAUGUGCCCGAGACAGUGUACCGGGUGGCCCGCCACUUCACCAAGGCCAAGCUGACCAUCCCGAUCAUCUAUGUCAAGGUGUACAUGUACCAGCUGUUUCGGAGCUUGGCCUACAUCCACUCCCAGGGUGUGUGCCACCGUGACAUCAAGCCCCAGAACCUGCUGGUGGACCCCGAUACCGCUGUCCUCAAGCUCUGUGAUUUUGGCAGCGCAAAGCAGUUGGUCCGGGGGGAGCCCAACGUCUCCUACAUAUGCUCUCGCUACUACCGGGCCCCAGAGCUCAUCUUCGGAGCUACUGAUUAUACCUCCUCCAUUGAUGUGUGGUCAGCAGGCUGUGUCCUGGCCGAGCUCCUCCUUGGCCAGCCCAUCUUCCCUGGGGACAGUGGGGUGGAUCAACUGGUGGAGAUCAUCAAGGUGCUGGGAACACCAACCCGGGAACAGAUCCGAGAGAUGAACCCCAACUACACGGAGUUCAAGUUCCCCCAGAUUAAAGCUCACCCCUGGACAAAGGUGUUCAAAUCUCGAACGCCGCCCGAGGCCAUCGCACUCUGCUCGAGCCUGCUGGAGUACACGCCAUCUUCCCGGCUCUCCCCACUGGAGGCCUGCGCCCACAGCUUCUUCGAUGAACUGCGAUGUCUGGGAACCCAGCUCCCCAACAACCGCCCACUACCCCCUCUUUUCAACUUCAGUCCUGCCGAACUCUCCAUCCAGCCAUCUCUCAAUGCCAUCCUCAUCCCUCCUCACCUGCGGUCCCCGGCAGGCUCUAGCCCUCUCUCCCAGUCCUCACAAGCUUUAACCGAGACUCCAACCAACUCCGAAUGGCCCUCGUCUGACGCCACGCCCCUCUCUAACUCUUCCUGAGGGCCCCUACAGCCACCUUUCCACUUCCACCUGGGAGCCCCAAGUCGGGCUGGGAAGGGGGGGGCAUAGCCCAUCGAGCUCCUGCCCUGGCUGGGCCCCCAGACCAGAGAGGGCAUAGGUAAAUGAGUCCUGUUGCCACCUCCAGGCCCUCCCUCGCCAGCCUCAUCCCUGGGGUGGCUUUUUAAGAGGAUUUUAACUGGGUGUGGGGAGGGAAGAGAAGAAGGACAGGGGCUUGGGGAUAUGAGGACCUCUGCCCCCUUGGCCCCUCCCCUCUCCCCAGGCCUCCACCUAUUCCAACCCCUUCCCCUCCUGCGUCCCUUGUAAAUAGAAAACCAGUCCCAGCCCGUCUCCCCUUCCCCAGUCCCUGGGUGUAAAUAGAUUGUUAUAAUUUUUUUCUUAAAGAAAACGUCGAUUCGCACCAUCCAACCUGGCUCCCCCCCUCCUACAGCCGUAUGUCCCCUCCUUUCCUCUGCCCCAACAUCUACCCCCUUCCUCUCCUCCCUGGAGGGCCAGGGGAGCAGGGAGGGCUCUGAUGUCUUAGUUUCCACAGUAAGGUUUGCCUGUGUACAGACCUCCGUUCAAUAAAUUAUUGGCAUGAAAACCUG